GGGAAGGGGCGGAGCUGCGGGGGCGGUUGGCGGAGGCUGGGUCCUGCGCUGUGUAGCAGCGCACGUGUUUCAGCCGGAAGUGCUUAAGAAUCCCAGGGAUGGAAUCCGAAAUGGAAGCACAGAGCGCCGUAGCAGAGGAGGGCUUUACCCAGGUCACUCGCAAGGGUGGUCGGCGGGCGAAGAAACGGCAGGCUGAACAGCUGUCCGCAGCGGGAGAGGGCGGGGAUGCAGGCCUUAUGGACACAGAAGAGGCCAGGCCGGCGAAGAGGCCCGUCUUCCCGCCCCUCUGCGGCGAUGGGCUCCUGGGUGGGAAAGAAGAAACAAGGAAAAUUCCAGUCCCAGCUAACAGAUACACACCAUUAAAAGAAAACUGGAUGAAGAUAUUUACUCCUAUUGUGGAACAUUUGGGACUUCAGAUACGCUUUAACUUGAAAUCAAGGAAUGUAGAAAUCAGGACUUGUAAAGAAACCAAGGAUGUUAGUGCUCUGACAAAAGCAGCUGAUUUUGUGAAAGCCUUUAUUCUCGGCUUUCAGGUGGAGGUGAGUAAGUCCAUGACAUCUAAAAUGAGGAUUUGCAAAAUACUCAGUGUGAACAUUUCAUCCAGGGCAAUAGGAAGAAUUGCUGGCAAAGGAGGAAAAACCAAAUUCACCAUCGAGAAUGUGACACGGACACGGAUAGUUUUGGCUGAUGUGAAAGUUCACAUCCUUGGCUCCUUCCAAAACAUCAAGAUGGCAAGAACUGCCAUUUGCAACCUAAUCUUGGGAAAUCCUCCUUCCAAGGUUUAUGGCAAUAUUCGAGCUGUGGCUAGCAGAUCAGCAGAUCGAUUCUGAUUUCAAGUCAGAGACUUUUUAUCUUGCCUUUGGACUCUGCAGAAAAAUACUUUAUGGGUGGUCACAAGAAACCAUCUGAAAAAUUGCAGUCAUUUGAAGCCUCCAUCCUCUCUUCAUUCUCAGCCAGAAGCAUCAACAGAAAAGAAAAGUUUAAGAGUAUUCACACUGAACAGAUUUUAGGAUAAUUUAAAUAUCAAAAAUUGAUUCUAUUAUACCCACACAUUAGAUAUAAUUUAUCAUUUCUUUGAAAUCACUUGUAGCAGAUUGCAUAGUUUAUAAUCCUCUUGGUAACUUCUUGUUUAAACAGCGCUAUGUGAAUUUAUACUUUUAUAAAUUCAUAACUUCAUAAAAAUUUAUAAACAUUUCUUCUUUAUAAAUUGUAAUUUAAUAGAUUAUCUUAGAAAAACUCUCAUGAUGACCCCUCCUUAAUACUGGGUAAUGUGAAUAAUUUUUUGUGGGGGAAACAGGUCCGACUUUGUCACCCAGGCUGGAGUGCAGUGAUGCAAUCUUAGCUCACAGCAACCUCUACCCUGUGGGUUCAAGUGAUCCUCCUACCUCAGCCUCCCUAGUAGCUGGGACUACAGGCAUCCACCACCACACCCAGCUAAUUUUUUGUAGAGAUAGGGUUUCACAUGUUGGCCAGGCUGGUCUCGAACUUCUGACCUUAAGGGAUCUUCCUGCCUCAGCCUCCCAGAGUGCUGGGAUUACAGGCAUGAGCCACCGUGCCCAGCCUUGAUUUGUGAAUAUUUGAGAGUCAUAAGCAGUUGUUUUGGCUGUAUUAUACUGUAUGAAUCAGUAAGAGCUCAUCUUGGAACCUGUUUUGCAGUUUUAAAAACUGAAGAAUUACAUCACAGGGUUGAUAUGAAUAAAGUUUUAUUUUUUAAAUGAUCAUUUAAAGAAAGUAUACAUAACCAAUGUUAGAUAUACAGAUGCUUCUCAACUUACAAUGGGUUUGUGUCCAGAUAAGCCCACUGUGAGUUGAAAAUACCAAAAGUUGAACAUCAUAGCUUAGCUUACCCUAAAAGUGCUCUGAACACUACAUUAGCCUACAGUUGGGCAAAAUUGUCUAAUACAAAGCCUAUUUAUAAUAGUGUUGAAUAUCUCAUGUAAUUUUUCAAGAUUACACUGAAAGUGAAAAACAGAAUGGUUGUGUGGGUACUUGAAGUAUGGCUUCCACUUAAUAAUUCUAAAAUUGAAAAAUAAGUUAGAACCAUCCCAAGUCUGUUUCCUCUAAAUAGUAAAGGUGAAAUGAUAAAAGAAUGGUUUUCUCACCCAAAAAACUGUUCUAUAAAUGCAGAUUAGCUCAUUUCUGCCUGUUUAAAUAGUAUAUGAUUAUUUUCUGUAUUGUAAAAUGGAAGCGACUUUAUUAAACAUGACUUUGAUAAUU